AUGUCCAUAUCUACUCAACAAGAGCAGGAGGCCAGGCUUCGUGUGCGCCAAGAGCGGGAGCGGCAGAAGGAAGAAGCCAAAGCUGCCAAAGACAAGAAGAGGCAAGAGAGCCGCAGGCUGAAAGAAGAGCGCGAGAAGGAAAAGCGCGAGAAGAAGGAGAAAGAAGAGCAGGAGAGACGGGAGAAGAAGGAGAAGGAGGAGUGGGAAAAGGCAGAGAGGGUCAAAGCCAAGGAGGAGCAACGCAAAUCCAAGAUGGAGGCCAAGCUGGAGGAAAAGCGAAAGAAAGAGGAAGAGAAGCGCAUGAAAGAAGCGAAAGAGCGGAUCAAAGCUGAAAAAGCGGAGAUCACCAGAUUUUUGCAGAAAUCUAAAAUCCAGCAAGCUCCAAAGACUCUGGCCGCUGCCUGUGGGAAAUUUGCUCCCUUCGAGAUCAAAGAAAACAUGUACAUGGCGCCGCUGUGCCGGGUUGAGUGCGAGGAGUCAGCCCUGGAGGAGCUGGACCGCUACUUGUCGCACCCCACUGACAGCCCCCGCUCACUGAGGGACUGGAUCAACCAGAAGCCUCGCCGGUCAGGUCCUACCAGAGCCAGAUUUCCCAACCCUGUUGGGGACUGCAUAGCCGUAGAUGGGCCCAAAGGAGACGACGUGCCUGACCGUCAACAAUAUGGACCCAUGAAGCUGCUGCUGUUUCAUCAGAACCACCGACCAGCUUACUGGGGCACUUGGAGGAAAAAGAGUUGUCACAUCACAGCGCGCUGCCCCUUCAGGCAGGACAAGGACCUGUUGGACUAUGAGGUGGACAGCGAUGAAGAAUGGGAGGAAGAGGAGCCUGGAGAGUCCCUGUCACACAGUGAAGGGGAGGACGAGGAGGAAGGAGGUGAGGAGGAUGAGGACGAGGACGACGGCUUCUUGGUUCCUCACGGCUACCUCUCAGACGGCGAAGGGGCGCUGGAGGAAGAGGAGGGCGGCGACCUGGAAAAGCAGAAACUGCAACAGAAAGUGAAAGCGAGGGAGUGGGAUGAGCUGAUGUCCGCCAAGAACAAGAUGAGGGUGUUGCAGCCCGUCGUGAGGGGCUGCGUCUGGGAAGGCGGAGACUCGCCCUUCUCUGAUAUCCUCCAGUCCUACGCCGUCUGCCUCAUCCAACCUUUAGUCAAGGCGGACGCCAGCCCCAGCUCAGAGGAUCAAAGGCAGAAAUUGCUCGGUCAGCUGCUGCCGCUGCUACACGGAAACCCGAACAGCAGUAAAGUCAUCAUCGACGAGUUUCAAGAGUUUUUUCGCCAGCAGACUUCGUCCUCCAUGUUGUCCACAGAACUGUCCAGUCCAGAGAACUCCGCGGAAGUUCCCACUCGGAUCCAGGUGAAGCGUCUGAUCAAGAACAACGCGGUGUACGAGAAGCGCUCCACCUACAGACGCUGCUGCUGGUACGUGCACGCUGACGUGCUGACACACUACUCCCUGGACACUCUGCCUGUGCCGUGCCACUGGUCCUACCUCACCUGCCGCGCUCGAGACGAGUCCUCUCGGGAAGAGAACCAGGUGGCCACCGGCUCCCGGGGGAACUCCCCCAGCACGCCCCAGACCUCCUCCGCCUCCUGGGCCGCCUCCAACAAGAGGAAGAGCGCCGGCAGCAUGUCCAUCACCAAAUUCAUGAAGCGCUGCGGCGAGCAUGAACGGGCGGAGGAGGCUGACGGUUUCCAAGCUGACACAGAAGAUGACGACGACUGCAUCAUCGUCUCCACGCAGAGCGGUUCAGUCACAGAGAAGUCGUCCACCGAAGGAGAAGACCUGAUGGACGUCACACCCUCCAACAUGGCCGCUCUGCCGCUGGCCAGCGCCGCUCCCACUUUGGCCCCAGCCUAAGAACUGUUGGCAGUGUGCUGCUCCCAGGUCACAGGUGUGUUGAAGUCGUGCACAUGUUUGUUGAAGACGCGCACAGGUGUGUUGACCACACGCACAGGUGUGUGUGUGGACCACGCGCACAAGUCUGUGCGCAAACUACACGCACAGGUGUGUGUGCGAACUACACGCACAGGUGUGUGUGUGCGAACUACACGCACAGGUGUGUGUGUGCGAACUACACGCACAGGUGUGUGUGUGCGGACCACACGCACAGAUGUGUGAACCACACAUACACACACACACACCCCUCCUUGUAUUUGUGUAUAUAAGACGCAUUCUUUCCCACCCUGGACAAGCUCGUUGUGUACCUGCACAGGUAGAGCCAGUGAACAGAUGUUUUAUAAGAUGUAUCGUCUCUGUUGUGGAAGAAUACUUGAAGAUAAAGUUCAUUAAAUCGGAAGAAAAUG